CGGUUUUUGAAUGAGUUUUGAUCCCUCGAGGACUCACACGAGCUGCCGGCGGUGCAUACAGACCCAACCCACUUGUAUGCAGGCCUUGCGGUGGUCUUUCGGCGUGCGAUCGAUUAUACGUAUCUGUAUCUCUCCUCGCUCCCUCGCUCUUUGGGAGAGCUGGUGAGUGAUAGAUACCUGACGCGCGACUGACGCGACGCUCGUACGCUGAUCGCCUUGUUUGUGAUUGCCCCGUGACAGCGAGGAUAGAGACGGUAUGGGCGGUAGGGGGGACGACGGCCGUGUGGGCACCGUUGGAGAAAGCGAAUGCGUGUGUGGUGUAGAUGUGGUCCUUGUGGCACAAGAGAAGGAGAGACGACGCUUGUGGACGCGAGAGGAGGUGGGUGUGCUUGUGUGCGUUGGUUGCCGGUGUGUACGGGGACGUGCUGGUCGGUCCGGGGUGUGUCUGUAGUCCUUCACUCCUUCACAGUGUGCUUGUGCUCCUCCCUCCCUCUCUCUCUGUGUGUGCAGGCCGGCGGAUGAUCUGUGUACAGAUGAGCGGACACACACGCAUCAAGAGUGAGUGAGAAAGCAAAGCACAUCAUUCCCUCUCUCGAGCAGACACGUGCAUCUGUCUGUCUGUCUGUGUUUGUAUCUAUCUGCCUCUGUGCGUGUGUGUGCUUAGUUACUGUGCGGCCCUCUCGAGAAUCCAAGACACAAAGUUGCCCUCUCGGAUGGAGGACAGCAAGGGUACGUACGUUCGCUGCCACAGCCACACACACACGCACAGUCACAUUCGCAUUUGUGUUUCUGUGUGUGUCGUGUAUGUGUGCAGAUGUGGUAGAGGCGUCCCCCACGCAGUUUAUCAGUGUGAGUCGCGAGAGCCUCAACACAUCCAUGGUGACUAUACAGUGCGACACCGACUCGCCAAUCAGCACACAGGUGAGUUGAGUGAGUGCGGGCCCAGACACCCACACACCAACCGUACAGUCAGUACACCUGUGUGUGCGAAUGAAUGAAUGUCCUCACUCAUUCUUCGUCUGUCUGCACAUGUCAUGUAGGCCCAUCCUGACCCCUCCUGCCCCCCUGCGCUUGCUCACACCCACGAGCAGCAGCAGCAGCAGCCCAAGAUAUCACAGGACAAAUACGCUGUGGUACAUACACACACACACACACACACGCACACGCACAUCCAUAUUGGUUCAAAUUUGGUGUAUGUGUGUGUGUGUGUGUAGAAUUUGGCUCAGUUCAAUCAUUUUGUGUCGACCCACCCCGUCCCGAAGCAGCAGCAGAUAGGCCCCAACACGCGGCUGGCGGGGGGCAGCAGGAUGAAGAUGCUCACACACCACCAACAGCACUACACCCAACAGCCGCCGCCCCUCAGACAACACGGUGAGGGAGUGAACACCUGAUGCGAUGCUUCAAAGUGCAUUCGUGGUGAUGGAUCGUUGUGUCUCUGUGUGUGGGUGUGUGCAGAUGUGUCGCCGGUGGCGGCACGGCAAGCCGUUUCCCCGCUCCCCCCCGCACCAGCAGCACCACCUCUCAAGGAGAACAGAGUGCAGGUACACACACUACCAACACACACACACACACACACAGGAGGGUGCAUUCAUCGCCGUGUGUAUGGUGCCAUGUCUUGAAUGUUCCUACAGCCGCCUGCCUCACCGCCCCAAGAGCCUGCCCCUGCUGUGAGUGUGCCUGUGUCGUCAGUGCGGCAACAAUCGGACGGCAGCCGGAGGGAGACCCACGGACACACUGACGCAUCGGUGUCCGCACCGACACGCAAGCAUGGCCACAGCCGUGAUGGCAGCAGCGGCAGCGGCAGCAGGCACAACCACAACGGUCGCCACCACAGCAGCCAGCGGAAGGCUCCCCCGACAAUCACUGUGACCAAGCCGCCCGACGACCUGCGGAUCUCCAUGCCGCCAUUGCACAUGAAUGGCGACACUAAGGGUGUCCAUAAGGGCGGCGGGGGUGGGGGCGAUAUAGAUUUAGAGAGCGGUGUCGAGGUCAUGACCACCAAGACAAUGCCCAAAGACAUCAAAAGAGGUAGGAGGAGGCAUGUCCGUCCAUCCAUCCAGCCAGCCAUCCAUCCAUGUGAUCUCUCUCUCUCUCUCUCUCUGUAUCUCGCUGUGCGUGCGUCGACGUCAGCCUUUUCGCUCAAGGUUUACACGAUCAUCUUUGUGCAGCUGGUGGUCACCGUCGGCAUCGCCAGCGUAUUCAGCAUCGGUACCCAUUUACACAAUUAAGACACACAGAAGACGGCUGCACGUCUGUCUGUGUGCUCUGUGUGCUCCCUUUGUGUGUGUGUGCUCGCUUCAGAUCCGCGUGCGUCGGCCUUUGCGAAAAGCAGCAAGUGGUUCCUCAUCGGAAUUGCCGUCUUCUGGUACCUACGCAGGCAGAGAGGCACUCCUUCCCACACAUCCUUCACACGCACGUGUGCAUGCCAUUGACGUGUGCUGUGCAUUCAGGUUGGCGUCUCUGUGUUCGAUGGCCUUUUUUGCCGACUGUGUGCGCCUCUUCCCUCAAAACUUUAUCCUGCUCGCCAUAUUCACUGCAUGCGAAGGUAGGUACAGACACACAGUGACACCAACUGGCGCAUCCCACCAACAUACAAGCGCGCAGAGGACCUAAGUGUGUGUGUGUGUGUGUGUCUGUGUGUGUGUGUAGGAGUGAUAUUGGGUCUUGCCUGUGCCCAGCUCUCGUCGACCAUACUGCUGGUAUGCUCACAUUGUGUGCUCACACAUCCAUUCGUGUGCUGCCAUUGUGCGUUUGUUUGUGUGUGUGUGUGUGUGUGUGUGUGCAGCUGGCCUUCUCGGGCACGGCGAGUGUGGUCUUGGUCAUGACACUGAGCGCCUGUCUUGUCAGAAGCAAAGAAGUCGGCACCAGGGUAUGUAUGUAAUCACGCGCACGCCUUGUUUGUUGUCUGCUGUGUGUGUGGACUCACUCGGCAAUGUGUGUGUGUGUGUGUGUGCAGUUAUCUCUGAUACUGGCGCUCGCGACCAUAGUCGUGUUCUUCGUGUUGACCUUCACUCUGCUGGGGCAGAAGAUCCGCAUGGAAACUGUAUGGGGUACGUCCGUCACGCGCACAGACGCGCGCACACAUCCACAGGCAGCAACUCAUGGGAUGGAUGGAUGGAUGGAUGUGUGUGUGUUCAGGGUGUCUGUUGGCCUUGUUGUUUUCGGGGUUUAUUGUGUACGACACGCAGGCCAUCGUGGGGGGCGGACACAGCAGGUAGGUAUAGUUGACACACACACACACACACACACAUAUUUCCAGACGCACACCCACGACGAAUGUGGUUGGUGCUCUCGUUCAGGUUUGUGUUCACACCGGAUGAUUAUGUGUUUGCGGCCUUCUGUCUCUACUACGACAUCGUCACGUAAGCGAAACGGCCCUCCCACCCACACAUACAUCCGCCCACUGUGUGUCGGUUCAUGUGUUUGUGUGCAGGCUGUUUCUGGUGCUGCUGUGUAUUUUGGGCAGCUAUGCCAGACAGGCCGUGUGACAUAGGAUGGAGGGAGGGAUGGAGGGAUGGGUGCGUGCAUGGCAGCGCCAUUGCGCGACCAACGCGAUCGAUGCAUUAUGCAUUAUCAGUCCACUGUGUCGGUCGGGCAGUGAGUACACACACACACACACAUAUACACACACGUGUACAUAUGCACCCGCCCGCCUACCUAUAUGUAUACAUAUAUAAUAAACCGCAUUGCGGAGGGGGAGAGGGAGGGGGGGAAGGAAGCUCGUUCGUUUCUUUGUUGCCUGGCUGUCCGAGACGGCUGGAGAGAGGGGGCGAGCCGCGGUUGGACAUCACAAUAGCACGCAGUCGACGCUAAGAAAGAGGGGAUGAGAGGAUUUGUGAGUAUACGUCUACGUCUAUCUGUAUGUCUGUCUGUCUGUAUGUAUGUGCAUGCACUGCAUUUGUGCGCGCGGGGAAGGAAGAUGGAGAGAGGGAGGGAUGGCCGUGGGCGGUGCGCUGAUGCGUGCAUUCAUUAUUCCUGUGGGGGAGGGGGGCGGGUACAUGAGGAAUGGGCCAGACCACAUGGGGGUUGAGCGAGUGAGAGCUCUUUGGUCAUUUCCGUGUAUCUUUUUGUGGGCGGUGUGCACGUCUGACGCCCACUUACACACACACAUACACACACACACUCAUUCCUGUCCGUCUGUCUGCCUGUCUGUCUGUCUCGGUCAUAACCUUCUUUGCUCCCCGGCUGUCUCUUCUCCGCUUGCUUGUCUGUCUGUCUGGUGUGAGUCAUGUGCCGUUCGUCUGUUCGCCUGUUCGCCGUCUGUCUGUCAGUCAGCCAUGUUUCCAUCGCUUUUGCUCUUUCCGUUCCCCACCUCUCUGUCGACCGUCGGCCUGUUCGUCUGUUCGUCUGUCUGUCAGUGGUGUCCUGCCGGGUUUUUCCAGCACACACACACGCACUCUCUGUGGGGGGCGGGCCUCUUUGCGUGGUGUGGUGUAUGGGCGUCGUACGUGGACACCCAGCCAGCCAGCCAGCCAUGUGGGUGGCUGGCUGGUGCGUGGAUGUCACUCAUGCUCAUCGAUCUGUCUUGCUCAUUUAAGCUUCUUGAGUGGAUGGGUCGGUCGGCAAAUUGACUUACGUACGUAAUGGCUGGGUGGCUAGCUAGCUAGACACGGAGAGGGAGGGAGGACUUACUUAUAUCUAUCUCGGCACAUUCUAUGCAUGUGUCACUGACGCAUGCGGCAUGCGCCCACUGAGUGUACAGGUGGCGUCCCCUUCUAUCUAUCUCGCUCUCCCCUCCCUCCCCUUGGUGUGCGUGUGCGGCUGCGAUGGAGUGGAUGGAUGGAAAGGUGAGUGAGGUGCCUUGUGGUCCGUGUGGGCGGUGGCGAUUGAUUGGAUUGUACAUACUGCAAAGCAUUAGUAUGUCUGUCUGUCUGUCUGUGUGGGUGCGUGGCCGUGUGCGCUGUCUCUCUCUCCGUGUGCCCGCCUCUCUCUGGUUUGCCCUUCAUUGAUUCCUUCAUGGUGUAAUGAUGAUUAUCUAUCGUCAUGUGUGUAUCUGUCAGUCUAUCUAUGAGUCAUUUUUCGGUCACGCGUUUCAACACGAAUCAAGUGACUCACCCACUGACUCACUCAUCUAUCUGCCCACCCCCCUGUCCACCCACAGCCACUCAGCUGCCCCUCCCUCCCUCCCUGCCUCCCCUCUCUCUCCACGCCACACAGAGGUGUGUGUAUCUAUCUGCGUAUGUAUCGUCCAUCCGUCCAUCCAUCUGCGUGUCUAUCUGAGUGCAUAAAUUCGCUCAAUUGAGGACACUCACACACGCGGAGAGAUCAAUGACACACGUGUGUAUUCAAGUGUACUGUGUUGUGUGUGACAGACAGACACUGCGUGCCCGUGCGUAUUUGUGACCCAUCCCAUCAAGGAACGCUUGGCCGUCAGUCAACCAUAUCACAUGUG